AUGACAUGUGAUCACCAUGUCCUUCCGGAUCGGUACAAUGAGAGAGUGGAGGAGCAUCUACAAUCAACUGGGUUUUACCAUGUUAGUCAGAUUGGAGUAGUUCAAUGUCAGAAAGCACUGGUAAAUGCUUUAGUGGAAAGGUGGCACCCGGACACACAUACCUUUCACCUUCCAGUUGGUGAAUGUGUUGUGACACUAGAAGACGUGGCUAUGAUCUUUGGUCUUCCAAUCGACGGCCUUCCAGUGACAGGUAUAACUUUGAGUAGUUUUGAGGCCUCAGAGGCGGAGUGUCUGCAUCAAUUUGAGGUCGCACCGAGAAAGUCGGAUUGUCGAAGAAGCGGCAUAAAAUUGACGUGGCUACGGGAUUUAAAAGAACGGUUACAGUUGACCGAUGAGAACAAUAUACAGGUGUACAUUAAGUGCCACAUCAUGUUUUUGUUCGGUACGAUCUUGUUUGGAGACAAGUCUGGGGCAUCUGUCCACUGGAAAUUUCUGUCUCUACUGAGUGAUUUUGCUAGUAUUGGACAGUAUAGCUGGGGAUCAGCCUUCCUAGCAAACCUGUACAAGAGUUUAUGCAGGGCCUCACGUUUUGAUUGUAAGAAAAUCGAUGGUCCGCUGACACUUCUACUGUGUUGGGCAUAG